GGAGCUCCAAGGGUGCGCUCAACUACCUCCAUUUCAACAAAGUCCACGACCGAUCCCUCAAGUCACCAUGUCUGCGCCUUCUUUAGCUCCAUACAUCCUGAGACGGCCAUGGUUGAAGAGAUGGAUGAUGCCGCUGGCCAACUGGUACGCCGAAGCUGCCGGUUACAGAAGAUUGGGGCUUAGAGCCGACGACCUAAUUCCCGAAGAAAACGAUAUUGUCCAGCUCGCACUCAAGAGACUGCCACCAAAAGAAGCAUAUGACCGGGUUUUCCGACUGCGAAGAGCUUUCCAAUGCUCUUUGGCUCAUCAACUGUUACCUGCCGAAGACCAAACGAAGGCAGACGAAGAUCAACCCUAUUUGAGCCCCAUUAUCGAAGAAAUCGAAGCCGAGUUGAAGGAGCGUGCUGAUCUGGAGUCAAUGGUCGUGGAGCGGAGGAAGUAGAACUAGUUUCACACAUCGAGUGGAGGAGACAAAGUCGAUUGCGGUGCGCUGAGAUGAAAGGCAGCCCAAACAUGCAGUUGCGGUGACAGCCGAACGACUUCUGUACAUAUACAAUAAGAGUCCAUGGAACUGGACCGUUACACGGUGUUCAUGACCUCGACAUCCACAUCCGAAACCCGCCACAUGUACCACAUGAACAAACUGCGAUAUGGAGCGAAAGGAGCU